CGCCCUGCCUACGCCCUCAUUUGUCGGCUUUGCAUGAUGCGCUUGCUCCCACUCGGUACACACGGCAAUUGAGAGUCUCCACGUUCGCGGGAAGUCCGACGAUCGUUGCUCUGAAUGUAUGUCUCAUGAUUCUCAUCGUUGCCGGCCCGUGCCCGCCAAGUCACAACACCACUGCGAAGGCCGGGGCACUUGCGCAAUGCGGGGUGUCCACCGUUGAUUCCGUAUCGAAUGUGGGUCUUCGGGUGCUUCCUGACGCCUCUGGGAUGAUGAUCCCCGUUCGGGCGGACUUGAGGAAGCUCCCGUGGACAGGUGAGCUAUAUAGCUCCGGCCCUGCAUAAUAAUCCCCUCUGCCCACAGCACGUCCUCGCUGGACGGUAACAUAUACCCAAAUUGCUCUUUGUGUAUGACAGUCUUUGUGGAGGCCAAACAUUGCCCGUUGCGCGCCCUGCAUGUCUGAUAUCACGUCGAUCGAUGGCACGCCCGCAACAGUCGCUCAAUCGACCGACGGCCCCCCACUCAUCCUUGUCUUCCUCGCGUCGGGCCUUUUCAUCGGCGCCGUUCUGUCCAUCGUCGUACUCCGCCGCGUUUACCCGAGCAUGAGCUUCAUGAACCCCACCAGGCGGGUGAUACCUAUAGAGCGCCCGCUGGUCGAAAAGCCGCGACUGUGGGACAUGUGUGCUGGCCUGGAACUGAGGCAUGAUGGUGUUGGGGACUCACAGAAGAAGAAUAGAGGGGAUAUUGGCGGGAGAUGGCAGACAAUUUUGCCACUGUCCGCCAGGUUCCUGCCGCGAGCGAGCGACUAUGCCAGCGGCCCGGCUCUCCCCCAUCGCUCUCGACGACUACUGUUUGAACGUCGUAGCCCAGCCGUCAGAGCUGAAAAGCUGCCUGCUGGCAGAGUGCCGGACGAUCUGCAGAUUGGAAAGCUCCAGAUCGCCGUGCUGAUCGCCAUGCCAUCUUCGCACGGAACACGAUGGCAUUGUGCAGAGAAGAGACCAUGCUCCGGUUCGCUCUUCGUGGACGAGGCGAGAGAGUACUGUAUCGGUGUGGCAGAGAUCUCGGCUGCCGCGAGACCAGAUGAUGCACAUGGAGGUUAG